GGGGGCUGUGAAGUGAACCUGUGCGUCGUCUGCUAUGGUUUUGUUUGACAACCAAGAACCAGAACAAAGUGUGCGGAAGAUGAGUUUCCUCAGUCAGUUUUCAAAAGAUAUAGCAUUUUUAUUAUUUUGAUGUGAUAAACCUAAACUCCAAUCAUGAUAAUAUAUUUUUUGGCAGUGGUUAGUGAAGUGGGCCCCUCAAUCAAUAAUUUGAUUCAUGAUGCCAGUGAAUGAACAGUUCAAAUAUUUUCGAGACAGCCAAUAAUACUCAUUCUCACCAAGCAAAAUUGAAUGUGAGCUAUGGCUACACCAACCCCUGCAGUGUCAGACCCUGAAUUGGAGACUCGUGUAAAAAAAGCGUCAGAAAGAAUAUCUGAGAAUAUGCAUAUAGUGGCAAAUGAGCCAUCAUUGGCAUUUUACCGUCUGCAAGAGCAUGUUCGCAAAUCUUUGCCACCUAUGGUUGAAAAUCGAGUUGAGGUGAUAAAAUUGCACCGGGAGUUACAGGGGCAUUGCUACGAUGUAGAAUAUGCUGUGAGUGCUGUGAGAUCAAUGGAAGAAGCUGCACCACAUUUUGAAAGUAUGAAAGAAUUAAUAAAAAGUGCAACAAAUUACAAACAACAGCUAAAGGUGGAGGAAAGUCGAAGAGGCAAAAAGGAGUCUUCUGUUUACAAACGAUUAUCAGCGCACAUUCCAUUGGACUUGCCAGAUUUGCCAGAAUUGGGAAAUGCUUUACGUGAAACAGCAAACAGAGUGGAAUCUAUGAUGGCAGAAGCACGGCAGUCAAAUGCUGAGCACUAGAUUAUAGAGCAAUGAAAUCUUUGGCCCUAGGCGAGAUAAUCUUAAAAUCUAAAGGUAAAACUUUAAUUGUACAAUAUUUGUUACAAAAAACCCUCCACAAAAAACGUGUUUUGUACAAUUUGUUCAGAAAUAAAUAAUAAAUUAGGUA